AUGGCGGCUCAAGACGAUGCCCAACCUUCGCUCAUAUCACGUCUACCGUUCUUCGGCAGACGUAACGCUAAGGAUAAAAAUGUCUCUCCAAGAGAGUCCGAUGGCGAGGAUGAACGGACGUCCCACCGACCACCCAAGUGGAGUUUUGGCGUGCUCAAUGACAAAGACACCAUCGAAGUCCCAGGAUCCGUGCUGUUGCUUGCGGACCACAAGAAUGAGCCACUCGGCCUGCGUAAUGCGCCCGCUAGGACAUCUCAUUCCUCCAUACCCACCAGCAUUCGCCAAGGGCCAGCACCUCCAUCCAAGGUCGAAAAGGAAGCCGACGACAAGAAAAUGACUUCAGACGGCAAGAUCAUUCUUGACCCCCAGCCAGAGGACGCGCCAAACGAUCCUCUGAAUUGGCCUACGUGGCGCAGAGACGCCGCUCUGAUCUCGAUUGGUCUGUACUGCAUGGUCGGCGGCGGACAGACGUCGAUCCUAGCGGCUGGCUUCACCGACGUUGCUGAGGACUAUGGGGUCCCUGUGUCCGAGGUCUCCCUGACCACAGGUCUCUACAUGAUGGGGCUCGGAAUCGGCUCCGUCAUCGCGUCACCCACGGCCAUUCUAUGGGGCAAGAGGCCUGUAUACCUGGUUGGCGCUCUACUAUUCAUCAUCACCUCAGUUUGGUGUGCAUUAUCGCCAAAUUAUGUAUCUUUGAUCCUCGCCAGAAUAUUCCAAGGCAUGUCCGUCAGUCCUGUCGAGUGUCUUCCGUCGGCCACUGUCGCCGAGAUCUUCUUCCUGCACGAAAGGGCGUUUCGACUCGGUAUCUACACGCUGCUCCUGCUCGGAGGGAAGAAUCUCAUUCCUUUGGUCAGCGCAGUCAUCAUUCAGAACCUCUCCUGGCGCUGGGUCUUCUGGGUCGUUGCUCUUGUGGUAGCAUUCUGCGGCUUCUUGCUGUUCCUCUUCGUCCCCGAAACGUUCUGGGAGCGUGUGCCACAUCCUCGGACGAGGGCGCCUUCUAGACCUGGCCUCUUCAAGCGCAUGUCCUCAAAGUAUUUGAGUCGGCACGAACGAGUACAGGGUGCAGAUUCUCAGAAUCCCCUUGCGUCGCCUCAACAGGAAGAGGAGAAGCAUCACAGGCCGCAUAAGGAUGUACACUUCUCCACCGGAUCUGAGACCGAGACAGUCGAAAACCAAGAUAGGGUCCCCGGAGGAGAGCACCAUGUUAUGUUUGCGCCUGCUGCAGAGACAGUUAAUGACCACACUCUGGGCACACCCGAAUCGAAGCUGUACCAGCACAAGAACGAAAAGCUCGACGUCCCCAGAGGUAGGUGCUCAUCAGAUGAGCCUUCGCCUCCUUUGGUAGAGGAGCGAAAGGACGCUUCUGCGACCGGCACCCCGGCUACCCCUGAGACCAAGACCGAGCGACCUAGCAGGUCGUCGUCCCUCCGGAGCCGCCUGACCUGGUCCCAUCGCGACCCGGAGAAGCUGCAGCAGGAGCAGGCCGCCCUCAACGAGUACUGCGACCACUGGCGGGAACGCGAGGCCAAGUCUUUUGUUCAGCAACUCCGUCCAUGGCACGGCCGACUCAAUAAAGACAGCUGGCUCAAGGUUAUGGUCCGGCCGUUCAUUCUGUUCUGUUACCCUGCCGUCCUCUGGUCCGCUGCCGUGUACGCGUGCGCCGUGGGCUGGCUCAUCGUCGUCUCCGAGUCGGUGGCCGUCAUCUACCGAGAGAAAUACUACCACUUCAACGCCCUGGGCACGGGGUUAGUGUAUAUCUCCCCAUUUAUUGGUGGUAUUCUCGGGACUGCUGUUGCCGGGAAAGUCUCAGAUAUUAUUGUCAAGGCGAUGGCGAAGCGCAACGGCGGCCUAUAUGAGCCGGAAUUCAGGCUGAUUAUGGCGUUGCCGAUUGGUAUUUCGACUGUCAUUGGCCUGAUGGGCUUUGGCUGGAGUGCCGAAGUCCAGGACCACUGGAUUGUUCCAACCGUGUUCCUGGGUGUAAUUUCUUUUGGCUGUUGCCUCGCCAGCACAACAGCCAUUACCUUUUGCGUCGACAGCUACAGGCAAUAUGCAGGCGAGGCGCUCGUCACGCUGAACGUCAGCAAGAACAUCUUCCACGGACUCGUCUUCAGCUUGUUCGUGACGGAGUGGCUCGAGACGGACGGAUCGAAGUCGGUCUUUAUCUGGCUGGGCGUCAUACAACUGAUUAUAGUGGCUACCGCGGCGCCGUUGUAUAUCUAUGGGAAGCGAUUGAGAAUGUGGACCACACGUCUUGGCAUCAUAGAGAAGUUUUAG